GGACUCUAUACACUGCAGAUGGACAUGCAACAGUAUUUGUACAGGAGAAGAAGUCAAAAUUCACCAGUCAUAAAAAUAUUUUUUUUUAUCCGGUUGAGCAAUGAAAAGCAACAUGACUGUAUCAGGUGAAAUCCUAGAGAUCCAAGGCUUCAGCAUAUCUCCAGAGUUCACAUACCCUCUCUUUUUCUUACUGCUGUUCGUCUACUUCUCUCUGCUUUUUUCCAACAUCGGAGUCCUUGUGCUGAUCAUCACUGAGAAGAGUUUGCACCAGCCGAUGUAUAUACUCUUCUGCAACCUGUCUGUCAAUGAUCUGAUCGGUAACACGGUCCUGCUGCCUCAGCUGAUGGCUCACAUCAUUUCAACAGAACGCUUUGUCACCUACAGACAGUGUGCAAUUCAAGCAUUUUUUAGCCACACGUUUGGGUCUGCCUCACAUAUGAUCCUUGUCAUCAUGGCGAUAGACAGAUAUGUUGCAAUAUGUCACCCUUUAAGGUACAGCUCAAUUAUGACCACUAAAACUGUGAUUGGGCUGUCUGCAACAGCAUGGGGGGUGUCAUUAAUCCUCGUAUCUGUGCUGAUCGGUCUCACAGUGAGGCUGUCUCGCUGUAGAUCACUCAUACAAAACGCUUAUUGUGAUAAUGCAUCACUGUUCAAACUCUCCUGUGAUGAUGUGUCAAUCAAUAAUAUCUACGGACUGUUUUUCACUGUGCUGCUGUUUAGCUGCUCGAUGGGAGGCAUAAUUGUCACUUACUUUAGGAUAGCUCUCGUCUGCUGGAUCAGUAAAAACAAAGAGCUGAAUAACAGAGCGCUGCAAACAUGUGCCAGCCACCUGGUUCUGUAUCUCAUAAUGCUGUGGUCAGGCUCUUUAACAAUCAUACUGCACCGUUUCCCAGAUUACCCAGACCUGAGGAAGAUUGCAUAUAUUUUGUUCCACGUGGUCCCGGCUAAUUUAAACCCAGUUAUUUAUGGGAUGCAAACAAGAUCUUUACGGACUAAAAUAUUUCAAUUACUGGAAAGAAAGGUGACUUCAACCUAACUCCUUAUGUCAGCUGUUAAUGCUUUAUUGAAGGCUUGAACAUAGAGAUGUACAAAUGUAAUGUGUAUCCCUUGUUACACCUGCUCUUGAGCUUGUCUUUACCUGGAACACAAAUGUUUUACACAGAGGUGCUUUUUUAAGUUCAAACAACUUUACUUUUUAUCUUCAAGUUGCAAUUCCUUCAGUGAACUUUUAUACACCAGUUUAUUUGACAUAUCCUGUGGAGACAGUAGAUUACAUUUUAGUUUCCCCAGCCCCUCUUCUGAGCUAAAUCCCAGUAACAAGCCCUCUAUCAACAUCUUAUGUCUCAGUGCAGAACAGCAUCAAGUUCACACAUCUUGUGUUCAAAAUCACAAACAUCUCAAGUUACAUUUACCUUGCAUGAAACUGUUUAUUUAAUAUUAAGCAUCAUAAUCUGUAACAAUACCCAAGAAACACAAGAUCCCUGGUACUAAAACUCCAAAUGUGAAUUUUACAGCUUAAAAAGAACCCAAAUUAAUGGAUUAUUCAUAAUAAACUUUUUAUAUGACCUUUUUAUUGAGGCCAGAUGUGCAUUUUAUAUUCGACUUCCUUCCUACCUGUGACGGAACUGACUGCCUGCUCUGUGUAUUUAGUAGUGAGUACUACAAAUCUACAAGAUUUAAUUAAAUAUAUUUCUGAAUAAGCAGAAAUCUUCUAAUAUUCCCAAAAUGUAGUCAGUGCUUUUCCUUAGUGUGUGCUGUACUGAGGAUGCUUUAAGUCACGUAGGCCUGAACCAUUUUGAUAGUCUCUAUAAAAAGUAAAUCCUGGGUCUCAACAGCUUUUCUUUCCUUUUCAACCUGGUUUAAUUCUGGAUAAAAAGCAAUUCCCAGAGUCUCCAAACUAGACAGUACAAAUUUCUGUGCUACCUUAUUUUUGUAGAUCAAAACACAAUCCUGGUCGGGAAGCUUUUCAUUUCCUUGUGGCUCAGAUUAAGGCUCCAUUUCACAACAUAAAGACCAGGGAUAAUACACUUUACAAGCAGUUUCUUGUGGUGAUGCAGGGGAUUAAAUAGAUAAUCCAUGUGAUUUACAACAAGAUCAUUUUUUCUCAUGUCAUGGUUUAUGUACACAAUCUCUUCUGGUCAUGUUUGUUAUUACAUUCGUGAUUUUGUGCAAUAGAGUGAUUCUGUCUAUGAUCUACUAAUGUAGAUGAAUGUAAAAAUAUGUAUACUGGUGUAUUUUGUUAAUGAAAUAAUACAUAAUGAUCAAACUGUAGAGACACUGUAUCUAGAACCCCCAAAAUAUUUCUGGGAGAGUCCGAACUCUCACUCUUUUUCUAUGUUUGUUUUAUUACUCUCUUUUUGUGAUGUACCAGAAAAUAUUACAUAUAUUUUUAAGAUUUU